AACUGCUGAUUGGCAACUCUUUCGUGUCAUCUCCGUUCACAAUAGCAUUUGUUAAUGCUUCUUCUAACCGGCAAGUUUUGACAUUUAUAAACAUUGUGGGCAAACGUUUUCCUUCGUUGUUUUCCAAUACUCGUGUUAUUUGCACAUUUGUCGUGAAUGACUACACUCUCGGGUUGUGUUAUGUAGUUAAAUAAUACACGAUUGGUAUUUUGCAAUCUCCAUUGCGGCGCCCAUAGCUCAGCUCCAGUCAUGGCCGACGAGGACAAUUCAUUCAAUUACGCUGAUUUGAACUUGGACUUUUUAGAACUUUCGCCACCAAGGAACAAAAUUAUACAGAAACCUGUCACAGCUGCUACCUAUACACCUGCUUUGCGCGCCAAUUCGUACAAAGCAAAAGAUUUGGCGCAAAGAGUUGCACAAAGUGAUGUACUGAUUCGUAAAAUUGAGUUGUUGAAAAGUGAGAAUACGGAUGUGCAGCAAAAACUCAGAGAUUUUCAAAAAUCGGCCAAUCAAAUUCAGAAACUUUAUGAAAAUGAAAAAAAUAAAUGCAUGGAUUUGCAAGCGCAAUUCAAAGCAGUGGAGAUAAAAGCAAUUGAUCUGCAAGAGCAUUGCACACGUUUGGAUAAUGAAGUGGCAGAGAAGCAAAUGCAAUUGGAGCAAUUAGAAGCGCAAUUAGAUAACAGUAAAGGUCCCUUGACCUUUACGGAAUUGGCAAUAAAAUAUCUGAAAUUGGUGCAAAAACUUAAUGAAGAUGAUACAAUAAAAUUGUACGAUAAGACACUUUUAGACGAUUUGAGUACUUACUGUGAAGAAAGAGGUAAGAAAGUACCUGUUAUUAAAGUGAAAGCCAAUAAAAAACGUAAAUACAAAAAGGAUAAAGAUAUUCAGUGUACUCUACUGGACGACGCAGAUAAAUUUGUAUCAAAGCAAGUCCAUACACAAUCCACACAGACUUCAGUAAUACAAACCAACCAGAUGCAGACGCAAACGAUUGCUCCAUCAAUAGGAGAUAUGCAAACACAAACAUCGCAAACAGAAACAAAUUCGACUAAGAGUACGCAGAAUCAAGCCGUACAAACACGCUCAUUUGAAGUACGCACUCAAGGAACACAACAUAUAUCUACAACAACAACACGUGGUACUUCAACGUCAUGUUUUAUCAAAAAACAUAAUGUCGGCACAAUUUUCCCAGAACCAAAGUUAAUUCCGCCAGAGGCUGCUUUGGUUGAUAAAUUUUUUGAAUUAUGGAGCGUAUCACCGCUUAGUCCAAUAUCCGAUCCAAUAUCAGAAAUACCAUUUAAUGAAUCUGAGUUAUCAAUUUCUACUCCAGUGGCGCCACUUCCUGAUACAUCCAAAUCUAUCGGAACAUGUACAUAUUUGUGCAAUGUUCAACGACAAAUAGAUUAUAUGCCAAUUAUGGAACCAAUUAAACGUUCACAAUCCAAUUCUCCUUCGCCGUUUAUAUACGAUAAUGUGAAGUUUGAAGUCAAUGCCACUCCAGCACCUUCACCACCACCGGCAGCACCUCUAUCUACCAGACAGCUUCAUGAAAAUGUUGAAACGGCGCGUGUGCCGACAAACAAUAUUAGUAACUUGCAACCAAUGCUAAGUGCAUUAACGGAGCUUCCCGAAAUACAUCCAGACGUAUUUUCUACAGUUUGGCAAAUGGCUGGCCAAAUGUUUAUGGGACUUCUUUAUUCACCUACCAGCAACCACUUGCGAGCGCAACAGUUUAUUAGAUCGGGUGAUUCACAUAAUCUACAGCAGUUUCAAAAUUGGGUACAAUCAUUAUAUGAAUCUAGGCAAAUGCCUCAGCAACAAACGCCAUCAACGUUACAAACACAAUGUAAUCAACAAAUAAAUAGGAGAGAGAGCACAUUUGAUUCUAACACAGUAAUUAAUGCAAACGUAACACAAUCCACUGAUGUUUCAACACAAAGUGAAGAUGUAGCGAGAGAAGAAAUCCCAUGUGGUGGCAGUAGCAAUACAAUGACUGAUCUUAGCAGUAAUAAUAAUGGUACAGAUGGAAGCACACAAACACAAAAUGAAUGUGGUAGUUUCGAACAGUGGAUAUUUAAGGAACCGCUUGAAUUACCCAAAAGAUCCGUCAAACAAGCGCGUGGCCAGAAAAUGUUCACAGAGGAACCGAUAUGUUCAAGAAAGCGGAAGGAUAAUCGAAAACGAAAGAAACGCAAUAAAGCGAAAAAGGCAAAACUACUUUCGGCAUCGAUUUUUAGUGAAUAUCCAGACUCUAAAGCUGCUGAUGAAGAAGUUACAGUAAAUGAAAGUGAACAAAAUUGUGUGACUGCUGUAGAAUUUUGCGCCAAUCUUUGCAGUUUCAAUCAAGACCUCCCAAUAGAAAACGUUCAAAAUGUGCCGUCUGAAAGUGUGUUCUCAGCACAAUUACAAAAUGUUUGUUUUAAAGAACCUGUAAAUAUAGAGCAAACGGAUGAUGAAAAACUAAACAAUACUACUAAGGAUUUAGAUAUUAGUACUAAAAAUAAAAGAGUCAACGCAUUAAGUUCUAAUGACAACCAUUUACCUUCAUUACAAGAUAAAAACAGUGAGAAUAUGGUCAUGGUUCAACCCAUAAAAGUACCUGAUGUUACACUCUCCGAAAGUGACAGAAUCGAAUGUGAUAAUUUGGAAAAUGUCGAAUCCAGAGGUUUAACUGAAAAUCUGCCGAAAAUAUUUGAUAAUCAAAUUAAACAAAAAAGCGAUUUUGCAUACAAAAUAUUUGGAAGUGACUCAGAUGAGGAUGACAGUGAUGUUGAAAAUACAAAAUUCUGUACGAAAUCCGAGAAAAUAUUUAUUACAAACGAUGUUAUUAGUGAAAUUACUGAGUAUUAUGAUAAAUCAGAAGAAAUAAUUCACUGUAAAGAGAGUUUGGAAGAUAAUAUGUUACAUGAAAUGUCGGAAAGUACACAUAACCAAUGUAAUUUGAAAGAAAACGACGUUGAAUCCAUUAGUGCGAAAUUAUCAGAAUCAUUCCAACAACUAAAUACUGAAGCAGAUUUUACCAAAAUACACAAAGAAAUACAUAAACUCGAGCUACCGAUUAUUCCACCUUCUAAAAAAAGUGAGUUAACAAAAGGAACGGAAGAUCCUGAAAUUGCAGACAGUUCUGUAUGUGAAUUCUCAAUGACACAUUCAGUGUUCCAAAACAAAGAGGCUAUUUCAUUAAAAUCAAAAACUUCCCUUGAACCAGUAUGCAAUUCUCACAGCGAAAAUGAAGAAUGCGACGAACCUCAAUUGGUUAUAGUAGAGAGUGAUACGGAAAAAAUGAUUAAAACAAGAACCAACUCCGAAUCAAGUGCGACAUUCGAUGAUAGUAUUUCUCAAAUCUGCUCAAAAGAUACUUUUCAACCAACUAGUAGUGAUUCCGAUAUAUCUGCAAUAUUUGAAGGCUCAAUAGCCGACGACUUAUUGGAAAAUGCAUCAACAAAACAACUAGUCAAUAGCAUAUUAAGUGAAUCGGCAAAUGAACAGAAAGGAACCGAUGUCACAGUGCCGCGUAAGCGUGGUCGUAAACGUAAAUGUGAAAUGCCCGCCGUUACAUUCUGUAAGCGUUCAGCACGUUUACGCAAUAAACAAAUGCGUGAUAACCAAUUUAGCAGCGUUGAAAGUUUAUCGACAAAAAAGGAUUCAAAUAAUCAACAAAAAUUCUCAGACCAAAGCAAUAAUGACGCUUGUAAUGAUAAAAAAAAUUUAUCAACGAUAACUGAACUGCGGCAAGCCAAAGAUAAAAUUGUCCAUUCGUUAAGUAAAGAACAUAUUAGUGAUCAGUUUCAAUUAUAUGUCGAAAUGAAGCAAAGGGCGAAUAAUGUCGAGGAGAACUAUGAUGACCAAAGUAUUAGUGAAUUACAAGUUAGUACGAGCAAUACAUUUGCAGAUACGAAUGUUGUUGCCGAUACUUCAAAUGCAGUGAUUAAUAAGCAGAAUUCAACAUUUUUCCGUCCAUUUGAAGAGUUUGUGACUGAAGCUCCUACGGUAUGCUAUCCAGGACCUUCUGUUUCAUUACAGCAAAAUGUUACAAGUGGAGGCACACUAGAGAGCACUUUGGCUUCCAGCUCACAACCUAGUAAUGACAUCAAUAACUCUGCGUUGACUUCCACAAUCAAUCAAAUAGACUUAGAAACACCAGCCUCACCUCCACCAGCGACAUUCAAUGAAAACGCAUUAACCCACACGCAAAUAGUUCCAGAAAUUCCUUUGGACAUGAACACAAACUACUGUCCUUCCAAUCUAAGAAAGAGUAUGUUGCAUAACGUUAUGAACAAAUAUUCUUUUGACAGUUAUGCAACCAUAACGGGAAAAAGGAAAAGAAAUAUUGUCGAAACUAAAAUCACAGCUCAAAUCAAAGAAUUUCUUGACAAAACGCGUGACCAAGUGGAUAUAACAGCUUCUAGACUAGCUGCAUCUCUACAGGAGCAAUCAGAAGAUUGUGAAAUAUUAGCCAGUGUGAUAAUUGAUCAAAUUUGCAAUGCACCGCGUCCGGAAAUUGAGCUGAAUUGUGAGUUAGCACAGGUUCCACCGAAAUACAUCGGUACACAUUUGAGACUCACAUCAAUCUUGUUGCGCCAUUUAAAGCAAAAUCGUCCUAAGAUCAUCGAUGCGGUAUUACGCUGUAUUGAAAAUAAACUGUUUAGUUAUCAGAGAAAUGAAACGUUUUCAUUAAACUUUGCUUUGAAUCUCACACAAUUGUACUUAGUAGUCAUACCUCUUCAUAAUGCCGAACACAAUCCGGCGCGACUUUUCAUUGCCAAAUGCUUAUAUUAUCAUAACGUUAUGGCAUCACCAAUGAUCUAUGAAGUACUCUGCUGGUAUCCGACCACGCUGCCACACCGCGACGAAUCAACUUAUGAUAAAUCAGAUGCACUAAUCACCGUCAUUCAACAUUUGUUAAUGUCUACAACAUAUAAUAUGGAUAGUAAGGAUUUACGUCACAGAGAACUUCUAUCAUUAUUACGAUUCGAAUAUCACUUUGAGCCCUUCAAACCAAAAGCACUAGAAGUGUUAUCGGACCUGGUUGCAAAACUUGAAAGCGGCAAUCUAACAAAUCUAAUAUACGCCUUUGCCAUAUUUUGCAAACGAAAUACUAAACUUGUAGAUAUUUUACUGCAACAACAAUUACUACCACUAACCGACGAAUACUAUAAACUUGUGCAGCAUACAAACGAAUAUGAUGAACGUAUUGCUUGUCUACUCGACUGUAUAUCGGCCGUGGUGAAACCGCUGCCGCUCACUACAAAUGUCUCAGCUUACCUUUCGUUAUUCGAACGUUUCCUUGGCGUUGUACAACGUCCCGUCGUACAAGAAGCGGCUGUAUUGGCCAUAUUACGUCUGCAAAGAUUUGGUCAAAAUCGCUGCUUCCAUGCACUGGCACACUUUAAACCUCAUUAUCCACUUCAAAUGAUCACAACGAAUGCGCUCAAAACAUUUAUACAUAGAAAACCUUUAAAAUACUGGAAUGGCUUGAUGCGAACGAUUUCCAAUUAAAGCAAAGCUUUAGCUAACUUGUGAAGCGAUUUAGUCUUUUUGAAUUUUUCGUUAUAACACAUAAAUUACAAGGUUCGCUAUUUCUAAAUUGCGUCUAAUAUUUAUUUUAAUUGUCUACCGCGUAAGUUAGAUGAAUUAAGUUCAGGAACAAAAUGUAUAUUUUUGCAUGAAAAAAUAUAGAAAUAAAUUUUAUAAAAUUGAAAUUUAUAUAAAUUGUCUUUAAUUUUUUUAAUAUUUGAAAACAGUUUACCAAAGUUAACUAGCAUAUAUAAUUAAACAAAAAUUGCGAUAGCUUAGUACUCUGUGGAUAUUGAUAUUGUAAAUAAGACUCUCCAGUUAUUUGAAAGUAAUAAAUCGUAGUAUUUUUCAAAAUUGUAUUUUUGUUUUCAUAUGUAUGUAUAUAUUUUGUUUACUUCAAACUAAAAACAUUUGUAGGUUAAUUGCAAAACUUACAUUACAACAAUAUUUGAUAUAUUUUGACUUAUAUAAUAUUUUAAAUAUUUACGUUGAAUGUGACUAAAAAAGCACAUACAAUUCCAUUACAAGAUUGCACAAUUAAUAACAGCUUAAUGCCUUUUCAAUACAAACGCGAAACGAAAUCGAACAAAAUAACAGUAAUACAUUUGAAUAUUUGUGUAUAUAUACGUAUGUAUGUAUACAUGAAUGUUAAUCCUUAGCAAAUCCAUAAUUAGGUCUAUACAAACUUUUUUUAAUUGGCGUACAGUUUCUAUUUUAUACUUUUUUAUUACAAUUUACACAUAUUCAAAACUGCAUUACGCCCGUUAUAUAUAUGUAGUAGGUACUUAUUCAAUUGAGAAUUUUUUUUAUACAUUUAAAAUGCGUUAUCGGUAUCUUAAAAUCAAAAAUAUUUAAUUCACUGUUAAUUAGCAAUCCGAAUUUAUUUCAAAAGCCUUAUACGGGUAAUAAGCUAAACCGCCACUCCUUAAUGAUCUGUGUAUGCGGUACCUGCAACCAAUCAAGUGUAUAGUAACUAUUUAGUAGUUUUAAUGACAUUCACUAUACAUAAAUGGGUCAAUUUAAUUUCUUUGAGUUUGCAAACCAAUGUUAAUGCUACCACCAUGUAGCUGCGUAGGCUUGCUCCAAUU